AUGAAUAAUGAUGAAAUUGUUUCGGAUGUUAUCACAUUAAUCCAUUCAACAACACAAUCAAGUUAUGUUAUUUGUUCACAACUUUCAUCAAAACUAUUUUCAUAUUUAUCACAGAUUCAUUUAAAAGAUGAUCAAUGGAAUGAAUUAAAAGAAGCUAUUGAACGUUUUGAUCGAAGUAUUGAUCAUCCGGAUGUUCAUCAGUUUCGACAAUUGAUUGAAACAAUAAGUGCUUGUUCAAAUGAUUGUGAAGAACGAAAUUAUACUCUAGGACGUGAUAGAAAUACACUUAAUGAUUCGAUUAGACAACUACGAGAUUUAUUAAAAUCUCAUGUUGACCUUCGUUGUUUUUUACUAACUAAAUUAAUUGAACAACAAACUAUUCGUUUAUAUUUGAUUGAUGUUAUGAAUUUAGCUGGCAUGAAUGUUGGAAAUCAAACUCAUGGUAAUCUAUUUGAUAUUGUUCGACUGCUAUGUCAAAUUGAUCCAACAUUUCCUACAUCAAGUGUCAUUGAUCAUCCAAUUCUAUUAAAUUGUAUUCAAGUUAUUGAAACAAAUGUCAACAGUAUUAAUUCAAAAGAUGACAAUAUUAAAUCAACGGUGAUAUCUGCUCUACAUCUUCUAACAAACAUUCUUCUAAAAAACGAACCAUUUCCCAUGCAGACUAAUAGUCAAUUAUCGAAUGCUAACUUUUUAACAUGUAUGUUUCAAUUGAUUGAAAAUAAUUAUAAUGAUGAUGAAUUAGUUAUGACAACCAUCAAAUUUUUAUUAUCAUAUAAUUUACGUUUCGAUUAUCCAAAUACAAAUCCUGUAAUACUUACAUUAAUAAGAAUAAAUGAACAACUAUCAUGUCGACAAUUAAUUGAACGAUUGAUAUUAUUAUUCAAUCGAAAUAUUGAUCCGAUUGAACAGAAAACAACUAAUUCCGUAAUCAAAUUUUUCGCUGAUUUAUUUGAUGAUCAAAAAAAUGCAAGUGAUAUAAUUUUAUUUGAUUCUGAUCGACGUUUAAUGGUUGAAAUAAUAAGUCGAGAAUUAACCGAUCGUUCUUGUACGGAUGGAAUAACAACAGCGUAUCUUUCAUUAUUAGAAUUAAUUUUUCGUAAGAAAACCAUCACACAUGAAACAUGUACACGUUUUGAUGAACUUCAACAAUCGUUUCAAUCGUAUCUGUCUACAGAGCAUUGUUUGAGUGAAAAUCGUUUUAUUAUAAAUGAAAUCAUUCAACAACAUAAUUGUUUCUCUUUGAUUUGA